UUGCAGAUCACAACAUGUUCUCAGCGUUCAUUGACAGGUUGCGGCAAAUGAGGAUUCUUAUCUCCAGGGAGGCUUCUAGCUCUGAUGGAGCAGCGCCCUCUGCUGCCGAGGAGCUCCCACAGGAUAGAGCUGUGGUGAUGGAGCAGCCGAGCCCCACGAUGGAGAGAGAAGAGCUCAGUGGGGAGAUAGAUAUUACUGAGCUGAGGGCCAGAAUAGAGAGAAUAGAGGAGAUGGAUGAUGCACAGAUUGAUGAUCUGAAGGCCAAGAUACUCAUAUUAGAAAGGAGGUCUGAGGAGGAGAUGAGUAGACUGAGAGCCGAUCUGAAGAGAACGAAGAGGAUGGAAGAUAGAAGGAUGAAAGAACUUCAGUUCAGGAUGGACAAAGCACAGGGGGUGUAUAAAGCACUGGUUAAGGAACACAUGGACAGAAUUAGAAGCAUACAGUUGAUUGCUGAUAUGGAGAUGACUGAAAUUAGGAUCAGGGCGGAGACGGCAGCGCAGUUGGAUGAUGACUUAAUGGACGAACUGAGGAACAAUAUGGAUCAAGUGGGGUACAAGGCUAAAUUAGAGAUUGAUGAACGGAUGGCGAGGCUGGACAGACUAAAGGAGAUGAUUCAGGAAGAGAUAGAAGAUAUAGAGGUCAUAAUGGAGGAUCUAACAAGGAGAGAAAAGGCAGAGCUUGAUGAACUGAGGGCCAGAAUGGAGAGAGAAAAGGAGGCUGAUACUCAGAUUAGUAGAUUGAAGGCCAUGAUAAGGAGAGAAGAGAAAUUAGGAAGGACAGAAAAGAGGAUAGAAGAGCACAAAAGAGAAGAGAAGAGAAGAGAAGGGAAAAAAAGAGUACAAUUCUGUCCUUUUUAAUCUGAGACUCCCUUCCACUCUACUUUUUUCUCCCAUUUUACUCUUGUAGCCCUCUAAGCCCUCCCCUCUUUACUUCUCCCCCUCUUCCCUUCGCUCCCGUUGCCAGGUAGAGCAAAAAAAAAAAAAAAGAAAAAAAAAGUUUUUUCCCCCACUAAUUAUUAUUUAUUAUUAUUAUUAUUAUGAUCAUUAUUAUUAUUAUUAUUAUUAGUUUACUUUUAGGUCAUUUUGGGCUGUGUGGAGAAGAUUUUAGGCAUUAGGAAACACUGUGCCAUUUGGAUACAGUUUGAGACACGCUUUUGUUACUCUUUGGUCCAAAUUUAAAGGACAGCCUUCAGAGAUCCAGAAAUUUUAACAGUUUGUCCGAAAACCCUUCAGACUGGAUGACAAAUCGGAUAAAUGUUUUUUUAAAUGUUUUUAUCCAGCUCAAAGUAGCUCCACACCUUCUUGCUAGAAUCCGGAGAGCCCUGACAUUUAAAACGGCUUUAAUAACUUAAAAAGCUCACAAAGAAUCUUAUUAAAAAACACUGAUUACAUCCCAUAAUGUGAGCUUCGGCUCCGAGCGCCGGCAUAUUUGUAUUGAUAAUGUCAUAGACAUAUGUAUAUAUAUAUAUAUAUAUAUAUAUAUAUAUAUAUAUAUAUAUGCGGUACACUGAGCUGAUAUCACAUGAGCCAUUAACCAUCAGGGUACAGUGUGUUUUUAAAACAAUACUCUAAGCUAAACAGACGGACCCUCAAAAUAGGUGAAAAUGGCAUUUUAUGGCCGCUGUGAAAAGGGUUAAUGAGCAUUUUCUUCAUUAUAUUCAUUAAUUAUGCCUGCAUUCAUCAUAUCAGCUUAUUGCAGUUAUUGAGAGUAAGAGUUGUAAGAUCAUUAAAUUAGAAUUAUUAUUGAAAUAUUGAAAUAAAAUAAUUUUUGUAUAAAUGCUUAUGAAUUUCAGACCUGUUCUCUGUGUGUAAAAACCUGCAGGAAUAAAAGAAAGUAGUAAUUUAGGACAGGUGUCCACAAACAUAUGAGCAUAUAGUGAGUGUAUCUGUCCAUGUGACAAAGCAGCAUUAUAAACCUCUGCACAUGUGAUCUCAUUUACAUUACAGAUACAACCCAAAUAGAGAAAGAACACUGAAACGAUGUUGAACUCAUCAGAACAUCAGAAUCGAUUUAUUUGUGAACGUGGAUUUAUCAUUAAUUCAUUAGUCUUGCAGUGUAGAAUAAAAUAUUUAAAAAUACUAACUAUUAAUAUUAAUAUCAUAUUAUUUGUGGGAAUCACCUUCUCCUAAAAGCACUGUGAGUGAAGAAUAGCAGAGCCCAAACGUUCAAAAGCUUUACAUGAACGUUGAUUUAAUGUCAGAGAGUUUCAACACUAACUGAUGCCUAUUGAUUUUCCGCCUUAAUCAACCUUAAAAGAAUUAAUGCAAGCAAAAAUUAACAUUUAGUUUAUUCAAUGUUCUUCUCUAUCAGAGGGGCAUUAUAUAUAGUAAUGC